CUAGAAAUCUAGAAUGUGAUGCAAGGAAUCUUAGAUGCUCAUGUUUGGUUCACGAGUUUGAGUUAAAUACCCAACGAUCUAACAUUCCCACGACAAUAUGACAUUCCUGGAACCAAAAGAGCCCUGAGGAUAUAGUUGAUUGGAUAGCUGAAAUUAGGGGUGGGCUGGUCCUCGUUGGCUGGUUUCGAUCCUGCAAUUAUAUACGCUCGAGAUUUUGACCUGUAGCUCCGAGACUAACCGAACUUUAUACUCUUAUUCAACUCAAGAACAAACUUUUAUUCGAUUCUCAUUUCUCAAACGAUCUUUUCUAAUAUGUCUACACAUCUAAUGCAACAUGCGCACACAUGAACUUUUGAAUGUGAUAUUAUUUCACCAUACAAUACUUGAGGUUAUCAUACUAUUAUACGAAGCACAUAGUUAUAUUUUUAUAAAUAAAUUUUAUUUCCACCCAAGUAAAAUUACCUGCGGAAAAUCUAGUAGUGAAGUCUCGAAGAUAUCUUUAUUGUCAAACAUAGAUUCUUGAGAUCGACGUAGAUGAAAAAACAAGCGAGGAACAGGACCUGUUAAUUGCACAUUCCCUCUGGUCGUCGUAGCUCAGAACUGCAGAAAGAAGCCCCCAGAAUCUCAUCCACCAGCCCAUCGUCAUUACAUCUGCCUAUUUCUACAACCCGACGCCUUUAGUCGGGUCCGCUUUGUAUCUUUCUCUUGUCUGGAAAAACUCAACCUCACCUUAUUCCGUCUGGUUUGACGUGUCCAUGAGGUUUGUUGCCAGAAGAAUUGUUAACAUUAAGAGCUUCAAGUUUCCCCAAAGAUGGUUGUGUAGCAAUGCAGAAGCCAAAUUGCCUGAUUCUGAUUGCGACCAAAUCAUCAAGGAGCCGUUGAAGGAGCAUGAGAUGACUAGUCAUGCCUCACAAUAUGAUAUCGCCAUUGUUGGAGGUGGCAUGGUCGGCAUGGCAUUAGCUUGCUCACUAGCUAGUACAUCAUUGACAAGUAAGUUAAGGGUGGCUAUAAUUGACAGCAAUCCUGCACUUUUGAAUGUCGACUUCUUGGAAAAAGAAGUCCCUCCUGAUCCAAGAGUCAGCACAGUAACUCCUGCAACGAUAUCCUUUUACAAAGGUGUGGGUGCAUGGCAACAUGUCCAACAACACCGGCAUGCCUUUUUUGAUAAGAUGCAGGUCUGGGAUUACACAGGUCUAGGAUAUACAAGGUACAAUGCAAGGGAUGUUUGUAAAGAAGUUUUAGGGUGCGUUGUCGAGAAUAAAGUUCUUCACAGAUCCCUGUUAUCAUGCAUACAGAAUACAAACUUCGAGAAGAGAAUAUACCCUGCAAAGUUAAGCUCAAUGACCUUAAAUUCCAGUAGUUCGUUCACAACUUCCAGCGGCAAAUCACAGUCAUGUGGAAGUUCUGUUAGAUUGGGUUUGAGCAAUGGUGAUAGCUUGAAUACAAAGUUGGUGGUUGGAGCUGAUGGGUCAAAAUCACAUGUUAGGGAGUUGGCGGGAAUUGAGACGGCUGGAUGGAAAUAUUCUCAGAGUGCCAUAAUCUGUACCGUAGAGCAUGCAGAGCCGAACCAAAUUGCUUGGCAAAGAUUUUUACCCAAUGGUCCAAUCGCACUUUUGCCAAUAGGUGAUAAUUUCAGCAACAUUGUUUGGACCAUGGACCCCAAAGAAUCAUCGGAGCGGCAAUCAAUGAGCGAGAGUGACUUUGUGAACAUAGUGAACAGUGCAUUGGUCGAAGGGUAUGGCCCACCUCCCAAUUCACCACCAUUUCGCGGUCCUAAUUUAUUUUCUUGGUUGAGACCAGCAAAUGCCACACCAUCAUCAGCUGAUGAUUGCUUUGAACUUCCACCAAAAAUCAUAAAAUUGGCUUCUGCAAGAAUGGUAUUCCCAUUGUCCUUGAUGCAUGCCAAAAGUUAUGCAAAAAGGCGUGUGGUUCUUAUAGGCGAUGCAGCACACACUGUUCAUCCACUGGCUGGUCAAGGAGUGAACAUGGGCUUUGCUGAUGCCAUUGCUCUUUCAAAAGUCAUCGCUGAAGGUGUCACUGUAGGAUCUGACAUUGGAGAGGUUUCUGUGUUGCAGAAAUACGAAUCAGAGAGGAAACCAGCAAACAUGGCAAUGAUGGCAGUGCUAGAUGGGUUUCAAAAGGCAUAUGCUCUUGACUUUAUGCCUGUCAAUCUACUCCGGGCGGCUGCUUUCCAGGCAGCUCACUACGUAUCACCACUGAAACGAAAUAUCAUCUCUUUCGCUUCAGGUGAACACAAGCUUCCGCUUCUUUUCUCCUGAUCUUAUGUGAGUUUUUUCUUUCUAAAAAGUAUAAUUUUGGUAUAAUAUCGUUACACAAUAAUGGUCUACUGGCCUACAUUUCCUGAUGUAUUUAUUUAAACAACUAUUAUGAGAAUUAAGUGAUCUAUUUAUUGUUAAUAUCAUUACAUAAUACAGAAUAAUUGUCUACUAGCGCCAGGAAAACGGCCCAGGGUCAAAAAUCAACUAUCUACAAAAUGAAAAUGGUGAAUCAUUUUUAGACAAUGUUUGAAUUAUGUUUCAUAUGUAGUUUGGAUAAAUAUACACUCGUCGGAAUAA